AUGGCCCAAUAUUUCUCGCAGCAGCAACAGCAGCAGCAGCAACCGUACGGAGCCCAGGCCUCUGCACAGAACCUUCAGUUCUACCCUUCCUCGUACACUUCAGUUUCGGGCCAUACGACCCCUUCACAGGCAUCUUAUGGCGGCUUCGCUUCGGCCCCUAAUGCAGGCGCGCAGACAUAUCCUAUGGCAGGGGUAUCUGGUGGAUAUGGUGGCUUCGGGUCGGUGGCCGCUGGAGUAAGCGGGAGGAUGGGCGAGCAGAGUGGGUUGCGGAUGGGAUGGCUGGCUGCUUUUGGUACCGAAGGAUACGAUGGGGAACCGCCGUUGUUGGAAGAGCUGGGAGUGAAUUUCGAACAUAUCCGGACAAAGACGUUGACUGUGUUGAAUCCAUUCGCCCGGAUCGAUCAACAUCUCAUGGACGAUAGUGACCUCUAUGGAGCCCUGCUCUACAUCGUUCUCUACGGAACGUUCCUUCUCCUCUCAGGAAAAGUAUUCUACGGCUAUAUCUACGGUGUUGCGGUCUUCGGAACCAUAGCUUUGCAUUUGAUCCUCAGCCUCAUGUCCCCGGCUCUCGAUACUGUUCCCACGUCCAACGCUGCGGACCCCACGAACUACGACCCUCACCACAAACCUACCAUGUCUAACGCCUCAGCUGCCGGUCAUUUCUCUGCCACUCUCACUUUUCCUCGCUCAGCUAGUGUGCUGGGCUACUGUUUCUUGCCGCUCGUAUUGACGAGUUUGAUUGGAAUUCUCAUACCCAUGGAUACCAUGUUCGGGUACCUGUUGACAACCGCGGCGGUGGGAUGGUGUACGUAUAGUUCUUCGGGGAUGUUUUGUGCUGUGGCGCGUAUGCGGGGAAUGAGAGGCCUGGUCGCGUAUCCGCUGGCGCUAUUCUAUGUCGUUUUUGGCAUUAUGGGCAUUUUCUCUUCGCGUGGGAGUGGAACUCUGGCCGCUAAGACAGGUGCUGCGUGA